AUGCACAAGAAAUCACAGCAGCACAAACGAUUUCAGCCAGCUUUUUUUUAUUGUAAUGUUGGCGAUCAAGUUAUUUGUUUAUAUUGUAAUCUAAUUUGUCAACAAUGGACAUCGAACAUUAAUGAUCUUGAAGAAGUGCAUUUUACUUCUGUACCUCAAUGUCCUUAUAUUCGAUCUAUGUUAAAACUUCAUCAAACAAACACAAUAUCAAUUGGAAAGGAAAAUUAUGCAAAUACUUCUAACGGUCAAUUACAAACAUCAAAUAAUUUGAGAUACAAUGGAACUGUUCAUACAUCAGCAUAUCAUAGGAACUACAUAGAAAUAUCAAAACGUCAAGAAUCAGUACCAUCAGUUGAUGAUUUUACACGAGCUGGAUUUUUCUAUACGGAUAAUCCAACAGUAGAACAUUCUCGAUGGUUUCCAAAGUGUGCCUAUGUAAAACAACUGUAUGGUAAUGAACUUUAUGAAGAAAUUCAAGAAUCAAAACGAAGAUUUCAAAAAUGUAAUGAAAGAAAUCAACCGAAAAGAAAAUACAACGAUGGCUCAAUAAAGUACUCUCAAGUAUUAGUAUCAGAUAACAAUACUUUAUCACGAUUAGUUGCUGCUCGUCUUGAUUUACUAAUAUCUCAACGUUUGCUCAGUCAAAAUUAUGAUUUUACUUCAGAUAGUGAUCUUUUAAUUGCCUGUAUUAUUCUACAACAACAAAUUAUUCAUAUUAAUGGAAACAAAGAAACUAUUAUCACUCCAAAUAUCCUAUUGAUUAAAAUUUAUUUAUUUUUAUUUUAA